CAUCACAAUUAUCAAAUGCAGAUCAACCACUGAAACAACAGAUUACACGUAUUGUUGUCGAGAAACACGAACGAGAUGAUUUCGAUCGAAUUAUGGAAGAAGAUCUCGAAAAUCAAUUGAAUGAAUUAAAAUUAGAACGUGAAGAAGAAUUAAAACAUAUUGAACAGAAACAACAACAAAAUCAAUACGAAACAUUAUUGAAACAAAUGAAAAGAUAUGGUACGAUGAAUAGAAUAUCUUAUUCUCUUCGAGUUUCUCAUUACAAUCAAAUGCAAAAAAGAAAUACCACUAAAAAUCAAUGUCUCAAUAAUAUUAUGCGCAACCUAAAAUUUCUUUAUUAA